AUGAUUCUUGUUCAAUUAUUUAUAAUUAGCUGUUUUUGUGUGCUCAAUAUAGAAUCACAGUUUUUUAACUAUAUAACAAUAAAAAUAUUCCGCGACGAUCGACCACUGACUCUACUGAAAGCUGAUACUGUUAAUAACGAACUAGAUGUAACUGAAAUUAUAAUAGAAAACGAAGAUUUACCGAUUUUGAAAACAGGUACCUUCCAAAAUCUCACGAAACUAAAAAAAAUUCAUAUAAACAGUAAUAAUUUAGAAACUAUAGAAAAUAACAUAUUUUGGAAUCUUCCUACAUUGAGAAUUUUAAAUCUGAAUUUUAACAAGAUUCGACAUAUUCCUAAUAAAGUUUUUGCAAAUUUGGCAGUUUAUAAAAUGUCUUUUAAAGGGAACGGAAUCGAAACUUUAAGUCCCGAAGCUUUUAACAAUCUCACCAACUUACAUAUAUUGGAUUUAAGUUCGAAUCAAAUCGAGUUUUUACCACAAGAUUUAUUUACGAAAACAAAUAAUUUGAAAAAACUCGACCUGAGCUACAACAAAUUGCGAUAUUACCCAAAAAUUCAGUACAAUUAUUUUGAAGAAGCUUUCGCGAACUCUGUACGAUACGAAGAUACUUGCAUCGAUUUAAGCUUCAAUAAUCUUCUUUUUUUAAGCAAUAUAUUGUUAAAAGGAAUCAGAUAUCUUAAGGAAUUAAAUCUUAACAAUAAUAAUAUAAAAGGAAUUGGGGAAACUGCUUUCAACGACUUGAAAUGGAUUGAAAGCGUUAAUAUAGAAGGUAACGAUUUGGAAGAAUUAAAUGACGAAGUUUUGAAACUAUUAGCUAUGGCACGAAGUAUUAAUGUGGAAAAUAACCCAUGGACAAAGGAUUUUGUGUGUAAAUAUACUAUAUGGUGUUCUAAUAAUGACGUUAUCAAUACUAUGGAUGUAAAAUGUACAUGAAAUAAAUAUUUUA